GCGCGGAGGCGGAAGUGAGGGCACGGCCUGCCUGGCCAGCCGUCUAGGAAGCCGCCGCCGGUCGCCCAGCGGGAGCGUUCGGAGCCCCGCCAGACCGUCGCGAUUCAGCCUCGGAUGCCGGCGCGAUGCCGCUGUUCACUGCCAACCCGUUCGAGCAAGACGUGGAAAAAGCCACGAAUGAAUACAACACUACAGAAGACUGGAGUCUGAUUAUGGACAUCUGUGAUAGGGUUGGAAGCACUCCCAAUGGAGCAAAAGAUUGCCUAAAAGCCAUAAUGAAACGGGUAAACCAUAAGGUCCCUCAUGUUGCUCUUCAGGCAUUAACUCUUCUUGGGGCUUGCGUGGCAAACUGUGGAAAGAUAUUUCAUUUAGAAGUGUGUUCCCGUGAUUUUGCAACGGAAGUACGGGCUCUGAUAAAAAAUAAGGCUCAUCCUAAAGUAUGUGAAAAGCUGAAAUCUCUAAUGGUGGAAUGGUCAGAGGAAUUCCAAAAGGACCCCCAAUGUAGUCUGAUAUCUGCAACUAUUAAAUCUAUGAAAGAAGAAGGAGUUACUUUUCCUUCAGCAGGUUCCCAGACUGUCUCGGCUGCUGCCAAAAACGGUACAUCAUUGAACAAAAACAAAGAAGAUGAAGACAUAGCGAAAGCUAUUGAGCUGUCCUUGCAAGAGCAGAAGCAGCAGUGCACAGAGACAAAGCCUCUGUGUCCACCUGCAGAGACACAGUUAAAUAACAAGUCUGCGCGGAGAGUCAGAGCAUUGUACGACUUCGAAGCCGUGGAGGACAACGAACUCACCUUUAAACACGGUGAAAUCAUUACUGUUUUGGAUGACAGUGAUGCCAACUGGUGGAAAGGAGAAAGUCACCGAGGAAUAGGACUCUUCCCCUCUAACUUCGUGACGACCAACUUAAACAUAGAGUCUGAGGCAGCAACGGUGGACAAGUUGAAUGUAAUUGAUGAUGAUGUGGAGGAAAUUAAGAAAUCAGAGCCUGAGCCUGUUUAUAUAGAUGAGGAUAAAAUGGAUAGAGCCCUGCAGGUUCUUCAGAGCAUAGAUCCGAAGGAUUCAAAACCCGACUCCCAAGAUCUCUUGGACCUAGAAGAUAUUUGCCAACAGAUGGGUCCCAUGAUAGAUGAAAAGCUUGAAGAGAUUGAUAGGCGGCAUUCAGAACUGUCUGAGUUGAAUGUAAAGGUCUUGGAAGCUCUGGACCUAUAUAACAAAUUGGUGAAUGAGGUACCUGUCUAUUCAGUCUAUGCAAAGCUUCAUCCAGCACAUUACUCAUCUACAUCCUCUGGGGUUCCAGUGCAGACAUAUCCAGUUCAGUCACAUGGUGGAAACUACCUGGGUCAUAGCAUUCACCAAGUACCUGUUGCCCAGAACUAUGGCUUAGGACCCGAUCCUAUGGGCUCGCUGAGAUCUCUGCCUCCAAAUAUGAACUCCUCAGUAACAACACACACUGUCCAAACUCCGUAUUUAAGCACUGGACAGGACACUGUUUCCAACCCUUCUUACAUGAACCAGAGCUCUCAGCUUCCGGCAGCUGCUGGUCCAGCUGCUUACACACAGCCUGUGGGGAUGUCCGCAGAUGUGUCCUCUUACCAGAGCACAGCCUCCGGUUUGCCACAGCUGCCUGGCUUUCCAGGGGCAGUUCCUGCACCUCCAGCCGCACUGCCGCCAACAAGUUACCACCAGCAGCCCCUCCUUUAGAGACAGACACACCAGGGCUGUUGGAAGUCUUCUAGGUGUGUCACUCGACCCAGGGGAUCCUGAUCUGAAAUGCUCACUUUCCCCUCUCAGUCAAAAAGAACCAUGAAUAAUAAAGCACAAACCCCUACCUUACCCUGAAGGCCAUAAAAGGGUUUUUUUUCAGUCCACUUCGCUCGAAGCUCAUCUUUUGAUCAGAGGCAGCUUGAAGAUGUUUCGGGUUAGUUUUGUUGAACUUUCUGGGCUCUCAGUGAGUAGCCUUAUGACACUACAAUGUAUAAGAUAGGAGUGUGAGACAUUUUCUUUAAGGAAACCAGUUUCCUCCAAGCCGUGAUUUGAGGAGCACUAAGGACCUUUAAACAUUUUUGUCUGCAUAUCCCCCUCCCACGACUUUCCCCCACCCUCUGAUUUUAAAAGACGAACGUCUUCUAGUGUAGGCCUUUAGCUGGCCAUGCAUUUCCUUUGGGCUCCUUGAGCACAGCUCUGUGUGCAGUCCUGUCGACAGUUUGCUCACAGUGCUGUCUAUGGUGAGUAAUUAGCAUAGGAUUGUCCACAGAGGCAAGAGCAUGUGGGAGGAGCACAGUGUUUUCUGUUAGUAACAGUGAAAGCCAUGUGUCCUGUGGCGGCGGCGGCGGUGGGCCCAGGAGUGCCCCCACACAAUGGUAGCCUUCCCUGAGGAAGGCAUUCUGUCCCUGGUGUUUAGCAUUGCCACUGCUGACCUUUUCAAGUGACUUGGAUGUCUCCUGAAGGUGCUGUCCUUUGGCAUUCCUUCCUGCCAAGUCCUGCACUUCCUCCUUAGGGAUUAUCAGUGAACUUGAGCCAGGAGACUUUCUUCAUAAUCUGAUGGGAUAGAAAGCAUCAUGGCUGUGAAGUGUGAGGUGGGCGUGUUACCUUCUUACAGAAGUGAUUGACAUUCCAUGGUAAGCUGUCAUCAUGCCAAGCUCUUGAAAGAAAUGUGCAUUACCUCAGCAGUAACUGUGAGCCUUUGCAGGAACGGCAGGCAGUGGUUUGGUAGAAAGGGACAGGAGAGCUCCAGACUGUCUUUCUGAAGUCCAGUUUGAAAUUGGUUAGUAGUGCAAGAUCCCACAUACUGUGGGAGCUGGUGACAACCUGAUAAAACUUUGCAAACUACCUAUUGUACCAACUUUUUACAUAACAACAAACUAGAAAACAUAGAUGCACAUGCUUCAGAUACGUGAUAUUUAGACUUCGAAAAUGUUCCAAGCUUAAUCUUUUUUAAAAGUUAAAUCUUGCAUGAAUGAACUUCUAUAUAUUUUUAAGCACUUAAUCUUUCUAUUAAAACUCCAUUGGAAGACAA